AUGACGACAGAUAUCACAUCACCGCCCUUGCCGCCUAGAAAAGAGGAGAGGGUUGUUGUUGGUCUGCCUGAUUUUAGUGCAACAAUUGACCUUAAAAAGGCGCUUCCCGAAUUACCCAAUGAGGGAUUGAAGUUUACACCUGAUGACAGCUUGUCGCAUAUAUCGCUUAUUAGGCAGAUGAAGCUUUACAGUUCACCUGCGAUGAAUAAUAGCUAUAGUGUCAUUUCCAAUGAUGCCUCAUUGAGUGUGAAACCAUUACCCGAAACUGAAGCAAAUGAAGACUCUUUUUGGCUAAGGGUGAUUAGCGACUAUAGUAACCAGAUUGUGAGAAAUGAGAAUGCUGAAGUUUUAGAAACAAAUAUAAUCAAUGGGAUUCCCCUUGAAUUGAGGGGCAGGGUUUACAGUAAGACACUUGAAAUCAAGUACAAGUUCAAUAGUAAAAGGGAACUUGAGGCCUGUUUGAAAAGGGGGGGUGACUCAAAACCCAGCUCUGAGGAUGUGCUAAUUCCCUCUGAGGAUGUGGUGAAGCUGAUUCGCUCCUUGGAUGCUAGCAAUCAGGAGGUCAAUAAAGCUCUUGAAGUGUUUUUAUCAAGUGUAUACGAGUUGCUUUAUGAAAUACCUAUGCUGGACGAGGAAAGAUUUUUUAUUUUAUUAAAGAUAUAUCAGUGGUAUAUGACUAUUAAAGAGGAUGAAUUCAUGUAUAAGGUGAGUCGUGCAUUAGAAGACUCAUUGGGCUGUUUUUCUCAUAUAUCAAGUCAGGGUAUAAACUGGUCUAUAUACUACCGAAGUAUUUUACCAAAUUUACUUUGUGGAAUGUUUUCAAAAGAACUCAAUUUGCUAUUAUUUGACUUGAUUGUUUUUGAAGGUAUUGAUUUCAUUCUUCGACUCCUACUUUGGUGCUUUAUGGAAAACCAAGAAAAUCUUGCUUCUUUAGAAGGAGACGAUUUGUUCAGUUUUAUAAACUCACCCGAGUUCUUUUCCCCAGUAAAAAACGGCGAUAUCUCCCAGAUAUUGAAAUUAAGCCCACCAGUCAUUCUUUACGAAAAUGAGUUUUACCUAAUGAAAGCAAACUCGCUAAGCAACAACAGAAACGAGCUAUCAAACUUGAAGGAGGUUCACGAAGACUUGGUGGUAAAAAUCAACAAUACAAAGCACAAUAUUGAAGACCUUCAACUAACACAUACCGAGAUUUCUGAGCAAAGCAAUCAAUAUACGUCGGAUUUGGAAACGGCUCUACAAGAGAAGGAACAAUUAAACAAGGAAAGAGCUGAAUUGCAGAGUAAAUACGAACAUCUCACAAUGAAGGAAAAUCUAGCCAAUACCAUCCAAGCAAAUAAAGAGUUCUCACAAAGAAACGAAGAUUUAAAGCUGCAAGUGGACAAUUUGAAAAAGAUAGUUGAACAAAAGAAGAUAAAGCUUGCCAAGGUUAGUGUGUAA